AUGUUACGGGUUGGUUUAGUUUUACGGAAUUGGCUUAAACGCUGUUUCGAUUGGACAAAGCACAAGUUGCUGCUUUUUGUGAGUAUCAUUUUUAGAAUUCUCCAAGUUGUUGGCAAUCGAUUCAAUGAUAUAACGGCCCAAGCUGGAGCGGAGACCAGUUUGCUGGUCAUUCGCCUCCUGGUGGACCGAAGGCUGCACAUUUCCGAGAGAUUGCUCUGGUUAUUUGUGCUGCUGUCCAGCAUCUUUGCCGUGUUCAAGUUGAGCGAGUUGCAGAUAGCUCGAUAUUCCACAUCACCCACUGUAAUAUCUGUGGAUCGUGACUAUCGCGGUUGGAACGGAUCUUUGCCGGCUGUUACUUUGUGCUAUUAUGACCACAUUGACUCCUUCAAGGCGAACGAGCUCAUCCAGAACUUGUGGAACGUAACCAUCAUCGAUGAGGAUUACUUCUACAUCAUGGACUUUCUCUAUGCCGUCGUCAAUGCCACGGCCAGCAAUUAUGCCGAACUCGCCAAAUUCGCCACUGAUGAACGCUUCGAGCAGAUCGAUCUCCACGAUAUAAUCCAGAGCAUUAAUCGACCCUUCGAGCAAGUCAUUAACACAUUCGACUCCAACUUCCAUGUCCAUGUCCAGAUGGUAAUGACGGAACGUGGAUCCUGUUACGCCAUUAACUCGCCCAUGUCAGCGGUGUUGGGUAAAGAACCUAUCCCUUACGAGGAACUGCCUGCGCCUUUAACCUGUCAGUAUGGGAAGCAACAAUGCUACAUUCGAAUGGAUCUCUACGAGAGCACGGGCGUCCUGGAUGUGCACUCACCUUAUGAGGUAUCAGCUACGGAGGCAAACAUUGUUACGCUUCAUAAAUCCGAUGAAAUAACAGCUUCUUUCAAGGUGCUCGAGACGGUGGCAUCGAAAAACCUUCGAGAGCUGAGCGUGGUACAGCGCAAGUGUGUUUUUAAUGAUGAAGAAACCUCAAAUCUUAAGAUCUAUAGUAAGUCCCUGUGUCUGGCGCGAUGUCGUGCCAUCAUGGCAUUGGAAAUGUGCAACUGUGUUCCCUUUUUCUAUCCGUUCGUGGAGGGACCUGGUUGUAAUCCGGCUGGCUUUGAGUGUCUACUGGAUUUCAAGUGGCCCAUUUGGGCGCUACACAUUUGCAAAUGUCCCUCGACCUGCACUGAAAUCGAGUACACUAUGCAAACAGUGAAGAAGAGUUCGUGGGGCAUUAAAAACAACGAAGAAGCGGCAGCAACUGAAUCGGCUACUUCGAGUUUUCGCUGGGAUCUCAUACCACCCAAGGUGCGAUUUAGACGUGACGUUGUCUUUAGCUUUGAGGAUCUCAUCGUUUCCUUUGGUGGCGUAUUGGCUUUGUUUGUGGGUAUCAGUGUCAUGGGUUUGGUACAAAUGGCAUACGUUAUUAUCUACAACAUCUUGCUGGACAUAUUUAAGCUGCUGCGCCUCAUUCACCUCUGUUUUCGCGAUCGGUUCCACACCAAACCGCCGUUAAGUUCUAUUCACAGUGCAAGUCAUGUUUCGCGAGCUGAAACAGCAGAACUUCCGCUUUUUGAAUAUGUUAACUAAUG